AAAAAAAAGGAAGGAAAAAAGCCCAGCCCUUCUAUUACACUGUCUGAACAAGCACAAGGAUAACAGAAGUACAGUUACUUGAAAAAUUCCGGAAGCUCUUGGUACAGAGAAACCAAGUGUGUCACCAGUGAACAAAAGGGGAAAGUUUGUAGCUCUGAUCAUCUAGGUGGAAAAGAAGAAAAGCUUUUUAGUGAUACAGCUUUAAAAUAGUGCAAUGAAUAUGUGUUUCCAACAAGGCUUUAAACUUAAUUUGGUAUUUUAUGUUUUGGAUUGGUUUUAUUUUCACAAAUUAUGAUCUGACUGUGUGCUCUGCAUCAAGAAAAAAUGUGCAGCUACUUUACGGGCUGCAUGAAAAAGAUGAUGAGCGCCAUUUCCGUAAAAAAGGUGCCAACAUUUCUUGCACAAACAAAAAGCAGGAACUUGGAAAACAGGCAUGUAGAAACCCAGAAACUUUAUCAAAGCAUUCCAUAUGGUCUGUGUUUGAGAUGGAAUCCAAAGCAAGCGGGUUAACUGUUGCCCUGUUCUCUUACUGCGUGACCAGAAUGGCUUUCCUGGGGAUGCAGCCAGCAGACAGCACCCGAACUACUAUAAACUAUCGUAUGAAUGGAACAACCUGGGUGAAGUGAGUAGAAUGGGCUCAGGCAGAGCUCUGGGGGAUAACAGUUUCCUUAUUUUCUUGUCCUAUUUAUUUAUUUUGGAGCUCAGGUGUGGCCCCUGCAGAGGAGGAAUCCACGUGGACCCAUCCACACUGCACAUUAUUGCAGUAACUGGCAGAAGGGCCGUGUCCUGGUCUGCAGGUUGGAUGUCUGUCACAUGCUGAACCACCAAGAGAUGUUUGUUAGCUGGUUCCAGGCACUGUUGUGAUGCAGCUGUGGUAAAUGCUGUCACCUGCCUUCUGCCAGAGCCAAGGUUGCCCUGCCUUUUCUAUUUGUGCAGAGCAGUUUCAGGAUCCUGCCCUUAAUGAUCAGAAUUGGUCCUGUAGCUGCUAUCUGCAGGUUCCCGUUUCCCCAGAAAAGAGGGGAGCGAAGAGGAAGCGCUUUUGAGUCCUGCUUCCAGCCACUGCGUACAAAAAUCCCCUUCUCCCUCCUCCUCUCAGCUCUUUCCUACAGGUGUGUUGCUAGUGUUUGUCUCUUAGCUACUUUAAUGUCUUGGUUUUCCCCUUUUUCACUUAAAGAAACCGUCACUUUGGUGACUUCGCUGUCAUGUCAGUGCCAGGCAGCUCUGUUGGUUCUGAUUCUAGCCUAGUGUAUGGGUUUGGGUGUGGUUUUGGAAGCGUUUCUGCUGUUUCAGUUAUUGAUAAAAAGUAACACCUUACAACUUAAUUUUGUCUGUAUAAAACAGUGUAAAGCAGAUUAGUUACUUCAGCAAAGAACAUUUGUUUGCCCUAGAUCAAAUACACUUGAUCACAACUGCAGUUCUAGUCCAAACAAUAGAAAAAGACAAGAUGUCCUCAAAAAGAGUUCAGUAAUUUGGGGAUAGGGAGAGUGGCCAGGGAACACUGCUUCUCAAAAGCUGUGUUUCAGCAAUAUUUUGUCGAAGUGAGCCUUGAGCAUGGAAUGACAUGGUUUGUGCGCUACUUUUAAAGUGACCUCUAGAUCCUGUGUGUGUUACUUUAUAUUGCAAAAGCCCAGAUGCAUACAGGAUAAGAGUCAGAUGAUGAAAGACUGCAACUCUAUUAGGUUACAGCUGUGUAACAGUAGGGCAGCUUUCCAAUACUACCAAAUUAUAGCCUAUAAAGAAAAUUGCAUUUGCCUAAAGAUGCUCUGGGCUGCUUCUAAGUAUUAGAACCAGAAACUUAUGAUUAAAUGCUCUAGUAAUUCUUCCUAGGUUAUUUUGCCAAGUCCUUUCUGUUUGCCACAGUCUGUUAUGUAUCCUGUGUAAUCUCUUAUCCAAAUUCUAUUUACCAUGGCAAAAAAAUGUGUGGGAAGCAGCACGGCGCAAUGGAUUACUGAUACACAAGUGCUCAGUGGUGCUGACAACAGUUUAAUCUACUGUAGUCAAGCAGGUCUGGAAAAAACAAGAAGUAGAUUUCUGAAGUGCUGCGAAGUAUUUCAGACUUUCAGUCAAACCACAGUCGGCGAGGGUUCAGCUGCGCACACUCUUGGCAGCAGCGCUGGGCUGGGCUGUGCUGCUGCAGCCUGACGGGCUAACUGCAGGAAAGGUGCUCUGGGUUGGACUAACAGGCGUUCUCAGCUCUGCCUGAAGAUGACGUGCUAAGAAGUAAAACCAGAAGAUUACGAAGAAGAUAAGUUUUCUUGAGCGUAGGUGCCCGAAGGGUGAACACGAGUGUUGUUCCUCAUCUUCGGCCACAAUGUCAUCUUAUUUCUGCAUGAACUGGAUUCUUCUGAUCCUGUUUACAGGCCCCACAGUGUCGGAAUCACUUGUGAGAGGAAGGGCUGGUCAGAAUAUCACUGUGCCCUGCUUUUACAGUGUUAAGAGCAGACAAGACAUCACAUCAAUGUGCUGGGGUCGUGACAGCUGCCCCAGUUCAAAAUGUUAUCGGCCCAUUAUCUGGACAGAUGGAUGGAAGGUGACAGAGCAGUACAACAGCAGGUAUACGUUGAAAGGGAACCUGUUGAUUGGCGACGUGUCCCUCACGAUUGUGAACGCCGAGGUAGCAGACAGUGGGAUAUACUGCUGCCGCGUGGAGAUCGCAGGGUGGUUCAAUGAUCAGAUGACUAAUCACAAGGUUGUGAUAGAGAAAGCUCACGGGAGCACCAGUGAAUCAUCCUUUACCGUCACAAGACUGUGGCCAGAGGUUUCUGCUUCGGAAGCUCCUCGGACUGCCUCUGGUCCCUGCUCGAGCACCUCAGACUGCUUGGAUGUAACCUCCAACCUGCAGAACAUGUCUGUGUCACUUCCCAGCGAGCAGUAUCCAGAAAAUGGGCUAUACAUUGGGAUUGGCUUAUGUGCGGUACUUCUAACCAUCCUCAUUUUGGCUCUGUUCCUCACUAGACAAUACUUAUACAAUACAAAGAAGACAGGUAACCUUGCAAACUUCAUUGCAUACUGGAGACCAGGCCGUGCAGAGAACCAUAGUGCCCUGGAAGAGGAGACCCAUGCAGAGGAAAACAUUUAUAUAAUACACUAAGGACUGUAUGCAUGCUUGCCUCUGUCAUCGCUGGGACAUUAAACAGUUUCCAAAAUGUUAGCUGCUCCCUCUGCUCAGCAGCUAAACGUGACUGGACUACUGAAUGCAUUAUUCACACCAUUCUAAUAAAACAAGUAAAAGCUACACUUCUAAUUAAAAGCUUUAUCAGCCUGUUCCAGGAACAGAAACCCUACUGGCUUGAAUGGAAAUUUCCAGAAUCCACUUAUCAAACCCUAAAGGAAGUUACCAUUAUAUUUAUUAUCUGCUUCAAUUUUCUCCUUCCUUUUUGUAAAAAAGAGGAAGUGCCAGAAUAGCUUCUCCAUCACAAAAGGAAAACCACAUCUUUUAAAAAAGUUUGUCUUCACUCUACAAAAGUGUCCAUGCCAUUAGAGGCCAGAAGCAACCUCAUAGCUGCCAUGACAAAGAUGUCACAUGGAAAAACUUGGUAGUAUUAGUAUUCUAGUGUAUAUUUAGUUGAAUUUUCUUUGAAGUCAGGCCAGUCCUGGCAACAGCUCAGUAAUGCAAUGUACUAAUUCCUGUCCACCCACAGUUAAAUCUGGAGGAGGGAUGCCCUUGAAGCCUACAGGAUCAGUGCUUCAAUGUGCAGAAUAUUCACAGCUUGGUUUGAGAGAACUAUGACCGGGUGUCGUUUUGUCUGCAAAAUACAUCACUUUUCCUGUGGCUUUCUCCUUGGGCCAGCCUAUGCCCUGAGAAGUCCUCACAUGGAUAGUCUCACUUCUAGGCCUCUAAAAAACCGAACAAGCCCCAACUACUUUGUAAAGUUAAUUAAAUUCUUACUUAGCUUGUGGAGAAGUCAUGGACAUUGCACAAAAUAGUGGCUGAAAGUUUGUUCUGCCUUUACACCCCUCUAGAUACCAAACAGCUCUAAUGUCUUAGGCUGGAUUUGUUUGAUGGCUUUUAGCUCACAAAUGGGGAGUAUCUGUUGCCUAGGGCCUUUCCUCCAUUGCUCCUCAGUUAGACAUGGCUCUUGGCUUUUAUUCUCUGCAACACUAAAUUUUGGCUUACUUUAAAUAAACAGAGGCAGCCCCAUGAGUCUGAAUCAACACUUUAUGCAUUGUCGAGCAAUAGACAUAACACACCCAAAUCACCUCGAAAUGGAAGAACAAUUUACUCCAUCAUUUUUAAGAACACAUUUUUAAACAGGCUGGGGUCUUCCUGGAAGAGCAGAAAAGUAGUACAGGUGGGAGAGAGAGCAACUCUUACCAAAUAUUGCUCAGCACAAAUUUUGCCCUGAAGCUCAUCCCAAGCAGCAAUGUGGAAUACCUAAAGCAGACACUGCUGCCAUGGGGGAAGAUUCACAGACUUACCGCAAACUUUGUAAUUGAGUUCAUCAUUUUCAAGGGAGUCGUGCGAAGAACAAAGCUGUGUUAUGCAAUGAGGCAUAAAGGAGCAAUAAUAAAACCAGUAGGUAGUUAUGUUAACAGCUGAGACACCUGAGGCCAUGGUGUGGUUGUGCUUUAAGGUGAGCUGGGGUCAGUGGAGCAGUUAUUCCUCCUUCCCCCAGCUGGUAGAGAUUAGAAGGCUUGAGCUGGUUGUGGAGGGGAGCAUUUUCUGCCAGGAGUUCUGGGAUAUUGCAGGUGAGUGUGCUUGCAAAGACUCACGAAGGAGGGAGCGUCUCCUCAUCCUGUUGAGGAAGGAAGAAAUGGAAAGCAAGUUGGGACAGGUGACCUUAGUGUGCUUUAUAUUUUCACUCAUGCUGCGCGUUGGCUUGGGGCUGUCUGUUGGAGCCUAAAAGGUUGAAAAUGUGGUGUUGAAUUCAUGGUUGACUGAAGAGCUCAGUGUGGGAGCACAGAUAUUGGGUGAUUACUGAUCCCUGGGCCAAGCAAAGCAAUGCCGGAGCCAGCUCUGCCAUCUUCUGUCUUUAUGUCACGUGUUGCUUUCUGUAAGAAGGUACUGAAACUAGAAAGGACCUGCUGAUGUUAGACUGUAUUUUUGUAUUUGACUAUUACACAAUACAAUUAACAAUAACUAAACUAAAAUUACUGCCCCUGCUGUAGACGUUGCUUUCCUUCCGCCUGGCUGAGCAAGCUGCGGCUGUGGCCUCUGGCCCAUGACUGGAGCUGGAGGAAGUCUGACCUGAUCUGAUCUCUGAACUAGGUCUCAGAAAAGAUCUUCAGCAAUUUCUGCUUUCUGCAAUUU